AUGACAUUCCUCGCCUGUUAUGAUGAAGUGGACGGGGCCACCUUUGGCAUUCUCUUUACAGCAACGCUGCUCUCUUCCUGGGUUGCUGGCAGUACAUAUCAGUGGGUAGUGGAGAAGGGUCUCUUUCGCAAAGAUUUUCUUCAAAAGGAAAAUCAGUACAAUAUACUAGUCGCCCUCAGUGCUCUUUCGGCCAAUCUACAAACCAUUGGCUGUUUUCUCAACGCCGUACUCCUGGACAGUGACGACAAUAACGACAGCUAUGGCCUUACCACUGCCCUGAGCAUCAACAUGCUCCUCAUGACACACACUUCCUUGAUGCUCGUCUCCCGCAAGGUAUCCCUAACAUAUCCCAAUGCCGAACAAACCUGGCAACGACUCCUCUACAUCAAUCUGGUGAUGCUACCCGUGAGUUUCAUGGGAGCUGCCAUUUGGGCUACUUCCCAUCGAAACCCCGAGAAGCAAGGGUGGCAACGUGCCAAUGCCGUUUUCAUUCCCUUGUCCAUUGGUCUUUGGGGACUGGCAGAAGCCACACUGAGCUCUGUAUUUGUCCAUCAAAUGGCAAAAUAUCAAUGGACCCCAGUAAAAUACAAGGGUUUGAGUAUCUCCUCCUUUGUGGCAUUCUGCGAUGUAGUGUGCUUCAUACUGGCAAUCACAGUGGGAGAUUUGACAGCCAUGUGUCUUUGGGGAUUGCUUUAUUCUGUACGUGUUCGGCUGGAAAUUCGAGUUGUGAGCUCCAUGAUUGAACACAUUCAAACGAAACGAGCCUCACUCAUGUAUACAGACAGCAUGAAUAAAGACAAGAGCAGCCGCCGUCGAAGACGAAGACGUCGUAAGAAACGAAGCUCACAGAGUGGUGAUGACGAUGAUGAAUCAGACUGCCAAUCCCUGGGCUCCAACCGCAGUAUCCUUUCUCAAAUGCGUGUGAUGAUCUAUCCCAACGAUUUGACUCAGCUCUUCAAGGCUGAUUUCUUUACAAAUGUCUUGUCACCGGGCUUUGUUUCACGGUCCCUCCGGUCCUUGGCAUCCCUGGCCAAACGAUCGCUGGGUGGUUGUGGUGGUACCUGCCCAAAAUGCGGCAAACCCAUGCUGUUGGACGAUAUGACCUUGGGAAGCAUCCGAAGUCGUAACAGCAACCGGAGUUUAAAGAAUGAAUUGCAUGACGAUUUUUGCGCUUGCUACGAUGCCGACGAAAUGUCUCCCACCACCGAGAAAACAGCAAAAACUUCAAGAGGAUCGUCUUCCAUGUUUGUGUCUCCGCCCAUGAGCGAAAUCCGAGUUAAAUCGGCAGUGGCUUUCAAUGGUGUUGCCGAAGGCGCACAGGUGGAUGAUGAAGCUGAUUACGACGACAACGAUUCUGAUUCAUCAGACAUCAUAAGCCUCAACUUCGACACCAGCUCUCGCUUGCCCGAGAUCACGACAAAUUAUACACAGCAGCUUAGUCGGCGACGCCUCAUGGAUUCGUUGCAGAAAACGAGCCAGAAAGAAGAUGAGGAAGACUCAGAUUCUGAAGAGGAUGAGGAAGAAUCUGAAGAGGACGAGGAUGAGGAAGAAUCUGAAGCGGAAGACUCAGAAUCUGAAGAAUGCACAAGUAAUGACAACGACAACGACGACAAAAAAUCUAAAGCAUCCUUGGCUAUUCGCUAUUGCGAAAAAGUUUUGGAUCACAAUUUCUCCGAGUUGUUUCUAAAUGUAACAUCAGAGGACGACAGCGGUGAAAGCGGUGUUUCAUCCGACGACGACGAUGCCGACGACGAUGAAAGCGAUCGUGAAGAAAGUAGCAGCACUGCUGGUGGAACACAAUCUCCUGCUUCCAGUUCAUAUCCACAGCAGCCAGAACAAUCUACAGCGCAAUCGCCAUUGCCCAGCACUGAGCCGCGUGAAGAACUGCCUUGCAAUUUGGAUGGCACCGUCGCAUCCAAGCCACUUGUUGGGUGUGGCGACAACAACAUGAACCAAUACAGCCAGAGUGCGGCAGAUGAUCCUGUCAGUCAGAAACAAGACAGUACAGGUACUGUCAAUGAAGCCACUCGAGAGCAACUCAAUCAACUCGAACAACUGGAUUGCUUGUAA